AUGCCAGCUUACAGCAAGUCGCCCUCCGACCACAAGAAACCAGACUCCUCACCACUCAGUUCCAAUCUGCAGUCAAUAAUAGUGGCCGACCAAGACCCCUCCUCAAGAGCUGGGAAGCGGAAGACAAAGAAUGCUGCCAAACAAUCCUUGUCCAAACCUGACAAUGAAGAUAACUUCCAAUCUGCCGACCAGAUGGGUAACCAGAAUCCCUCCAUCCUCAACCAGCUGCGUGGCUUUCCCAACAACAACAAGAACUCCAGCUUAGAUGCUCUGAAUGAUCUGAACUCCUCCCAAAAGGUCUCGGACGAAGCCACCCCUCCCAUUGAUGUUUGGAGCAGAGCCAAUUCUUAUGGCAGGAGUCCUCCCGUUGAUCCUAUCCCAGGCCUGAAUAUUGCUGGCUCGCCAACCAUUGAACCUGGUUUUAGCACCCGAGGCCAUCUGAAUCUCAGGAGUCCUCCCGUCUCUCCUCCUCUGAGGAAAGCGAGACCCGUUAGCUAUGGCAGCGGUGUCCCCCCACUGCCUUCCAAUCCACGGAUAUCCACCUCUCCCUACAGUUAUAGUACUGGGGCAUACGGCUCUCCUCCAGCUCUCCCACACCUGCCUCAGAAACAUUUCUAUGCGGCGCACGAUGUUGACCUUGGUCUUCAGAGUGCCACUGCUCAGCUAAGACUGCAGGAUCCUGUCGUCCUCAGGCUCUGUCCGGUCCCUGGAAAUCGUUUGGAGGCGCGGGAUGCUGCUUUGCUGGCCUUGGAAGGAGGCUUAACAGUACUCAGCUACAAUGGUGAUAGGCUAGAACAGAUGGGUGCUCUGCACGGUAUCCAAGGCACCAUCGUCGAUGCCAAGUUCCUCACAUGGACUUCUGGACAUGAUCCCUUCGCCGAUUACCGUCCAUUGAUUGCACUUACUGUCCAUGGAAUUGCUGAACCUGAAAAGGAUAAUCCACGACCGCGUGAUCGAGCAUAUUCCGCCGUGACAGCGGACGGGCUUCAUGAAACCAGGGUCGUAGUGUAUUCUCUAUCCAGAGCCUCGCAGGUAGUCGAACUCCUGAGAGUACCCUCGCAGAUGUCCGUUCAUCCAGGAGGUCAUUCUGCAACUGCCGUUGCCGCCAACCUGACAGUCGAUGCAAGCGGCAAUUUUGUCACCAUUACUUCCGGUGUCAGUGGUGAGCUUUUCAUUUUCACCGUUCGACGAGCCAGAGAUUCGGCUGUCUUUGAAUGUCUAGGCAAGUAUUGGACAACCAUCCAACCCCAGGUUCAGCGGAGAGACUCCUCCCACAAUCGUGGUCCAGAUGCCGAUGUCUCGCCUGCUGAUAUCGGUCGCGGUCCUGAGAUGGACGACCUUCCUAUUGUCAGCUUGAGUGGACGCUGGCUUGCCUACUGUCCUGCAAGCACUCCUUCCCGACCAUCGGUAGGAGCACUCCUGGGUGAUUUAGUGCUUCAUAAUAAGAACUCGCAUAUCAGUGCCGGAACCGCCCCAUCGCGACCCCUGCUCAAUUGUGAAGUUGACUCACCUGAUGCUGAUACUUUUUUGAGUAAAGUCGCCAAAGGUUUCGCCCAGGAAGCUGUCAGAAGCGCAAAAUGGAUCAGUGAAAAAGGAAUGCAGACCUGGCAAAGUUAUUGGAGAAAGGACUCGUCUAGUCCAGGCCAGCCCGCAUCCAGCUCUUCGAGUCCACCCAUCCAUUCUCCACCCCUAGGCUUGGGCCAAUUCCCACCGACUCAUGCUGGAGAUACCCGGAUCAUCACCAAUGAACCUGAAAUCGUUACUAUCCUCGACCUGAAGCUUCUCCAAGAUGCCCAAGGGCGGAAGAAUGUUGAUUUCACACCAAUGAUCACAUUCCAGCCACCAGGGGGAUGUAGUUUCCUGUCAUUUCUGCCAACUGCUCUCGGACUCAUGACUGCGAAUCGCAAAGGUGAUAUCCAGUAUAUCUGGGAUCUUAUGCAAAUCAAACACGUCAAGACUUCUCAACCAGUUUCUGACGUUGUUGAAAGUGGACGCGUGCGACAGAUUGCACGCUACGAGCGACUAAGCCCUUCCACAAUCAUCGAUAUUGCCUGGGAUGGAUGUACUGGGCACCGAUUUGCACUUCUUACAAAGAACAAAACCGUACAUAUUUUCGAUCUCCCUGCUACAGCUUUCCAAUGGCCUCCACCACGAGCCAAGAAACAUAGACCGGCUUCUGUGCCCGUUGACCCAUCACAGAUCAACAAACAAGAACCAGAACCCCUACCGCCUGCGGGCUUCUUUGCCUCGGCCAUGAGCAUUGCCGGACGUACCCAACCAAUGCUGGCUAACCUACGUGGAAGGGCCCCUAGCAUGGGCGGAGGAAUUUCUGGCAUUGGUGCCACUGGGAUCGGACUCGCAUCCACAACCGGUAUCAAAAGCGGACGCGCUGUUGCAGCCGGGCUUAGUAAGUCCCUGGGAGCAGCUUCAGAAACAGUCACCUCGAUCAGGCAUGCAAAUCAAAGUAGGCUUCAUUUGAAGGCCAGCGCUCGACCCGGCACGCUGCUGUGGCAACGACGCGAUGCAAAGCCUGUUCUUUCAGUUCUUGACACGGGAGCCAUUAAGGUCUAUUAUGUUCGAAUGACCAAACCAAGAGAAAAUCGUCACCGGGACACAGUUUCAGUCUUCGAUGCUCGCAAGGCAGUGGCCACCAAAUUUCCCCGCACCAGUGAUCUAAUGGCGGACGGUCUAUCUGUAGAAGCCAACCAGGGUAUGGGACUGCAGGACGAUGAUGCAGAUGCCAAUGAACCGCACCUCUCAGGCUUCUGGAGAGCCCGAACUAACAAGGACACCAACCAGAGAAUGCCACAUCCAUUGGCUUCUGCCGAAAUCGAAACGAAUGCGCCUUAUCAGCCCUUUCACUCGGACGUUCGAGUCACAAUAUCUGUCCUUGCACCCAUGACCCAACCGAAGCUCCAAAGCCAGGAGCAUAUGAAUAACAUUGCUAUGGAGGACAGAUGGGUGUUCGGUACCGAUCUUGGGCUUAUGGAACAGUCAACCAUUCGAAUCCCUUAUGCCCCUACGGAAGCUAGUUCCUCAGUCAUCUAUCGUGAAACCAAGAUCGCGAUGGCUGGUACAUCCGCCGAUGGAAUGGACUUUCAGCUGGCGGAUGAGGAAUUAAGUCACGUAGUAAGCAAUACCAAGAAAAAGAAAAAGAAAGGUCGGACUCCAGGCCUUACCCUCGGCGAGAAUCACGAUGCCAUCCCGCAUGACCAUAUACAGGUUCCUUUUGAUCCUGAUUUUGAUUUACUUCAAGACAAUGCUGAGGACAACCGGUAG